AUGGCGGACGAAGUGGAGCAGCAACCGAGCACCAAUACAGUAGAAGAGCCACUUGACCUGAUCCGACUCAGUUUGGACGAGAGGAUCUACGUCAAGAUGAGGAACGACCGAGAACUGCGUGGACGACUACAUGCAUACGAUCAGCAUCUUAACAUGAUCCUGGGAGAUGUGGAGGAGACUGUGACCACGGUGGAGAUUGACGAAGAGACCUAUGAAGAACUAUACAAGUCAACCAAGAGGAACAUUCCCAUGCUGUUCGUCAGAGGUGAUGGCGUCGUCCUUGUAGCCCCGCCCCUACGGGUGGGCUGA